AUGCCAAUCAAGGCCUCGGGUGAAGUUGUAAGUUGCUUUUAGAAUUUUUACUUUCAAGUUUUAGGAGGAAAUCCGAUGUACGUAGUUAAAACAGGGAGAGUUAUGUAGUUAUGGUAUUGAUUUUGUUCACUCAGUGUGCUCAAGAUAAAUUAUCGCUUAAAUGCCUACUUUCUUGUCUGUUUUGUAAGUUAGGAUCGCUAGUUAUAAUUUCGACUAUGGAAGAUGCUUUUAGCUGACUUUUUAGCGAAGUUUAUUGCUGAAAUUAUAAGGUUAGAAGGAGGUAUAUUAGGCGUAUGUUUGCCCAGUUUUGGGAUUAGAAGUAGGUAAAAAGCUUUCCCUGUAAAAGCUGGUUUACUUGUCGGUGGUGAAAAUUCUGCUGAAUUGUAUAAUAUUGACAUUGAUGUAAUCAACUGCAACGGCAUAAACUCAACUCUAAUUUUUCGAUUUUCAGCUGAAAGAAUACAUCAUCGUCGGUCGCAAGUUGCCGACCGAGCGCGACCCCAACCCCAGACUCUACAAGAUGCAGAUCUUUGCCUCCAACCACGUUGUUGCCAAGUCUCGUUUCUGGUACUUCGCCUCAUCUCUGCGCCGAGUCAAGAAGACCCAAGGAGAGAUCGUUUCAUGCGAAGAAGUCAGUUGGCCUUUCGAUUUUUUUUUUUCUUUGCUUUAGCUCUAUCGAUUUUAUUUAUUUACAAAACUUUGGGUCUGUUGAACAAGUAGAAGAAAAUUUGGGACGUUUUUACUUCAUUGGGAUAUUUUUAUGCUUUGCGGAAUUUUAUUUUUUUAAUGGGCUCGUACAUUGGCGUUUAUUCAGUUGAUUCAGGGGAUGUGUGUUCUUUGUGCAUAAAACGAAGAAGAGGUGGGCUGUCUGCUGUAUUUUGAACCCUUUUAUAAAAAAUUUUUGGGCUGUUGGGUUAUUUUUUUUAGUUUUAGAUGUGUUCUGGAUAUUUCCCAAAGUUUUGACGUUAUAACAUCAAAAAUCAUGUUAGGAAAUUUGUUUUCGAUAUGUUUUUUCGAAGUUGUGGCUCAUCGGCUUCACUUUCUGCUUUUUCAGGUGUUCGAGCGCAAAUCCGGAAAUGUGAAGAACUUCGGUGUCUGGCUCCGCUACGACUCUAGAACUGGUCACCACAACAUGUACCGUGAGUACCGCGACGUCUCCGUCGCCGGUGCCGUCACUCAGGCCUACCGUGACAUGGGUGCUCGCCAUCGUGCCCAGGCUGACCGUAUCCAGAUCAUCAAGGUCCAGCGUGUAGAGGCCGCCGACACCAAGCGCCCCAACGUCAAGCAGUUCCAUGAUUCCAAGAUCAAGUUCCCUCUGCCCCACCGUGUCCCCAAGAGAAACCACGCUUCUCUCUUCACCACCCGCCGACCUCGAACUCACUUCGCUUAA